AUGGAAGCACCAAGUCGUGGGAAGAAUAGAUUCAGCCUGAACGCCAUCCGCCUGCCAUUCUCUUCGCCUCGCAAGCAAUCUAGCAACAAGGCUGCUCCCGAUGCCGUCGCUUCGAGCAGCUCCACCGCAGACGAUCCGCCAGAAAUCGAAACGAACGACAGCUCAGCACCGUCAUCCGCACCCGACACAGCAUCAAAUGAAGUCGCACCAGCAGUCGCCUCUAUGGCACACGCAUCACAGAAGGACUCAAACAGCAUACUGCCCGCAUCAUCCAGCAACCAGCCUCGGAUACGCUCAGCAUUGGCCGCUCCUAGCGAGGAUCCACCUCGACGUGCAUCCAGAACCGCCUCACCUCAUCGAGUAAGCUUCAGUCCUUCGACUGAAGAGAUGGCGGACGCAAGGGAGCUGGCACAAUCGAGUGCUGCCCUCGACAAGCCCGGGCCGACCGCACAUAAGCCGCUCAAGUCAGCAAACAAAUCCAGCGUCCAACGAAGCGCCAACGCAAACCCCAAGCUGGCUAAAUGGCGUGGUCUCAAAUCCCAUUCGACCUCGGACCUCACCGCAGCCACAAACCGGCUCAGUUUGGAUUCGACGCUUGACUACUCCACAGCUGCACGCUUGGAGGAGGCGGCUGCUCUGCCGGGAGCGGCGGCUGCCAAGCGCCGGCUCUUCCGAUGGGACAGGAAGGGCAUUCAUCAUUCGAGUGCAUCCGACAAGGGAAAGGUCGCCAAAGUGAAGGUGACUAAGACACAAGCGGUGGCAGCACGCCACGCAAAGACUCUCGAGCAAGUCAUCAAUGCCGGAAUGGGGCUUCAUCCCAUUCCGCCACGUCUGAGCUCUACAACAGACAGAGUCUUGAGCGACAGUGAUCAUUCGUCGGAAGCAGGCAAGAAGAAGAAGAAGGUUCCUCGCGCCAAGCCGGUCCCAGUGGUCGAUCGAUCGCAGCUGAAGGGCCUGAAAUCUGCACUUCUCGAUGUCGAUGCGGCCAACAACAUCAUCAAGGAGCUGCGCUCCAUGCCCGUGCCGCUCGAUGUUCUGCGCAGCGGACUUGGAAAGAUCGUUCCGGACGCAGAGAUCGGGACCGCCGGCGAUCAUGGUCAGGAACGCAUUCUCAGCGCCAAUCUUCCGGAUACUCUCCUCGAAAGCAACGCCACCAAAGAUGACAGCGAUAUUCGCAAAAGGCUAGGAGCAACACCUGAGGCAUUUGAUGCAGCUACACCAGCACGGCCAACCAUCGAACGAAAAGCAAAAAGCGCCGCCGAAGAAGCGCUCAGGAAGAUCACGUUGAAGGCUGAUGCCUCGACGUCGCCACAAAAGGCUGUCGUCACUGCACGAACGUCGUCGCUGCCGCCCAGCGCAGAGGAUGCCGUCGCACCUCCCAUUCCAUCACCUCCACUUUCCGAGCCAACGACAUCUAACAAAGCUGGAGCUGCUUCUUCAGGAGCGAAGCCGCUCAAGAUGGUUUGCCUUGACUGUGGAGAGAUCGAGGCGCAUCAAAGGCAUGCACAGCAUCUCGAAGCUACGGCGGUUGUCACCGAGAAGAGCGGCGGCCAGCCUUCCUCUAACGGAGCUUUCGACGUGGCCACUAUCGCCACUGGCGCUGCAGCUGCACUGGCUGGGGUGGGAGGACUGCUGCGUGCGCCAUCUGCUGCAACUUCUCCGACUGCAUCGCAAGCUGCUGCAGACGAGGAUGCGGGACUCAGCGCCAGGCCGCCGAUGCUGAAGAGCCUUUCGGUGUCCAAUCUGCCCACUUUGCAAGAUGGUCCACGCCUCAUGGGUGCUACUCCACUGCAGCUGAUUCUCGAUCCCGUCGGUACCGCCGCACAGAACUCGGGUGCUUUCGACAUGCUCGCCGAUGUCUCUGGUGCUGCCAUUCGGGCUACACAGGACAUGGACUCGAUUCACCCGCCUCUUGACCGCAUGGCCAUCUUUGUUCAUUGGUGGGGCUUUGAGAUCACGCUGCCAAAGGCAACCAUGGCCUACCUUGGUACAGCGCAUUCGGUUUCGGGCGCGUUUCUGUCGUUUCUGCAGACCAUGGCUGUGGGUGGUGGCGUGCCAGAGCUGUUGCCGUUUAUCAAGUACAUCUCGACCUUUAUGGAGGUCGAAUACAAGGCGAUCCAGGCACAGGACCAGGGUCAUGGAGUGUGCAUUGCUGGAACGUGGUUCAUGCCCAUGGCACUUGUGCCGAGGCCUUGGGACUAUCCACUAGACGGGCCGAUCGCGGAGAAGCCAAGUGCGGGUGCGUCACCCUCGCCCGCUUCGAUCCCUGCAGUCGGACAGAGUGGGGCGCCGGUGCCAAUGCCAGUCACCCCGGCGAAUACGAACGCUGCAAAGUCGCCCAAGAAGCAUGCCUUCAAGAAGCACCAGGCCGCUGACCCGGCUACAGCCGCUGUCAUCGCUCCGGCUACUGCAGUCGAAACAGCCCGCUCAGAGAAGAUCCCGCAGAACCUCGAUCCGCGUCAUUCUCCAUCCUCGAGCGUCGCUUCCACAAAGAGCGCGGCAUUGUUUGCACAGCUCACUAGCCCGGGCAACAACGCCGCUGCGGGAAUAUCAAGCGCGCAGGCAGGGGCCGUCUUGUCGAGCGUCCAGGAGCGAACCGAAGCCGGAACGCAGAUCAAGGCUUAG